CCUUAUCACCACACCUCCUCUUCCGUCUCCUCCUCCUCCUCCUCCCUCCUCCUCCACACUUGCUCCCGCCGCCUCACUCACACCCGCCCCUACUGUCGCCGCACGCCUACCUCCUCAUUACCACCCCUACCCGCUACAUCCUCCCACCUGUCUCCGCCAUGCCUCCUCGGCCUUGCCGUCGUCGUCUUCGUUCUCCAUCUCCCUCUCAGCAUCUUCGUGGCGCUGUGGCUGGUUACCGGCAACCCCGCGGUGCGGGAUUUGGCCCCCGAGCUCAGGACCUCCACAGCAGCGAGGAGGAAAGGAGGGGGUUCGGCUAGGAGCGGCAGUGGCCUCCCGCUCGCCCGUCCCUCUCCUCUCAUCUCCUGUGAGAUUUAUUUUGUAAUUUUCGCCUCUCCUCUCAUCUCAUGUGUGAUUUAUUUUGUGAUUUCUGAUUGGAUUGUCUCUUGUCUUGUGAUUUAUUUUGGAAUGAUCAUGUGAUUUUCGAUUGGAUUAGGAUUUAGUUUUUGAAUUAAAUUUGUGAUGAUUUCGGAUUCAGUUAUGAGCUCAAAGCAUCGAGUCGAAUCAAUCUAAUGCAUCAAGCUAUUUUUCUUUUGCCUCGCGUGCACAUCAAAGAUGUCGGUUGUGAAACUUACAUCAAUGACUUGGGGUUUCAUCAGUGCCGCUUAGCAGGUGCCGUUUGAAACAACCGGCACCUAUAGAGAGAGCUCUCAAUCGACACCAAAAUCCUUUUGUGUAGUAGUAGCCAGGUCUAGCUAUGCUGGCCCAGUCUCGACACAACAUGGGCACAAAGGUUGGGGGCUGUAUCGUGGUUAGGCUGACACUUUAGCACGGCCUUGUGUCACCUAGCACAACCUACUAUGUCCAUAUUUUCCCCCAUUUUCUGCUAUAUUUCCUAUACUUUCAUAUCUUUCCUUAUUUUCCCAUGUUAUUUUUCCAUUUUCCCCUCUCACUUCUUUACCUUUUCCUUUCUUUCAACUAUUUUCUCUUUUCUCCACACACACCAACUCGUGCGGCCAUUGGCCCCUCUUCCAUUCCUGCUAUUCUCGCUCCCUCAGCCGUGGCACGUGUUCACAAGCCGUGACCAGCCUAUAGGCCACUAUCACACCCAUUCCGGGCCAGCAAGGCCUACCAUCUGAUUGGGCUGUGUUUGGGCUCAGGCAUUGGCACGUGGGUCGGCAUGUCACAAAAUAUUUUAGCAGCCAUGUCUUAAGGGUAUUAACUUGAUGAGCCGUGCCAGAUGAUCUAUUUGGCUCUACCACUAUCUUAUAUUAUGAGAUAGAAGUAGAAGUAGAUUAGUAUAUUCCUUCCAUUUUAAAAUAUAGCAACCUUUGGAAUUUUAUGUUGAGAUUAAGAAGUGUGUACUAGAAUCGAAUAGGGAUGAGUGUUGAGAUGAGAAAGUUGGUUGACAAAUUAAACGAAAGAUGAUUGAUGCGUUUAGAGGAGUGGGUAGGUGAAGAAUUAGUUAUAUUUUAAAAUAAAUUUGAAUACCAAAUAUAGCUAUAAUAGUAUUUUAAGAGGGAGGGAGUAGAUCGUAGCAGGUGGACAAACACAGCUCUGCUCCAUGCUAUCUAUAAAUAUACGUACGCGCCACAGACAAUUGGAGCUAGCUUAUUGAAGGAAACUAAAGGAAGAGGCAGCUACUCCUACUCAUCUAGGAAAAUAAAUUCCUAGCUAGUUAAUGUUGUACAACUUACAUGCGUCCAUGGCAUUCUGGCUACUUGCAGACCUGCUGAUUCUUCUAGCUUCCGCCGCCGAGAGCGUCGCCGGCCAGCCUGCUGCCAGUUGCCAGGCUAGGUGCGGCGACAUCGACAUUCCCUACCCGUUCGGCAUCGGCCCCAAUUGCUCUCGCGGAAAGGGAUUUGAGAUCGCAUGCAAUCCCCGAAACGACAGCGGCGAGAUGGUGCCGACCCUUGCCGCCGCCAAUGGCACCAUCCAUGUGCAGAGCCUGUUGGUAGCGCCGAUCCCGGAGGUCAAGGUGAUGCUGCCGGUGGCGUACCAGUGCUACUACUCCAACAACAGCAUCACCGACUCGUUCUACGGCGAGGUAGACCUCAACAACACAGGCGUGUACCGCAUCUCCGACAGCCGCAACAUGUUCGUCGUGAUUGGGUGCAACACCCUGUCCUACACCCAGAACGGGAACAGCGGCGGCAAAGGCCCUUACGCCGGCCUCUACUACACCGGCUGCGUCUCCUACUGUAACGACUCGUCGAGCGCGCGGGACAGCAUGUGCGCCGGCGUCGGCUGCUGCCACAUCGACAUCUCGCCGGGCCUCAGUGACAACGUUGUCUCCUUCGGGCCCUGGAAGCGUGGCUUCCAGGUAGACUUCAGCCCCUGCGACUACUCCUUCCUCGUCGACAAGAACGAGUACGAGUUCCGUAGCGCCGACCUCAAGAUGGACCUCAACCGAACCAUGCCGGUGUGGCUGGACUGGGCCAUCCGCGACUCCGUUACCUGCCCUCCACUGGAGGUGCAGGAGAAGAAACCGGCUGGGUACGCGUGUAUGAGCGACAACAGCGAGUGCGUCAACUCCACCAACGGUCCCGGAUACUACUGCAAGUGCAAGCAAGGCUACGAUGGUAACCCCUACGUCGACAAGGACCAAGGUUGCAAGGACAUCAACGAGUGUGAUGUGUCCAACAAGAAGAAAUAUCCCUGCUACGGCGUCUGCAACAACAUCCCAGGGGAUUAUGAGUGCCACUGCCGUGUAGGAUACCAGUGGAGUGGUGAAGGCCCCAAGAAACAAGAGUGCAGCGCAAAAUUCCCUCUUGCAGCAAGGCUUGCCCUUGGAAUCACUUUGGGAUUUUCCUUCCUAAUUGUUGCUGUUCUUUUCACGCUAAUGAUGCACAAAAAGCGAAAAAUGAAUGAAUAUUUCAAAAAGAAUGGUGGUUCAGUGCUACAGAAAGUGGACAAUAUCAAGAUUUUCACCAAAGAUGAGCUAAAGAAAAUCACAAAGAAUAAUUCAGAAGUUCUUGGUCAAGGAAGCUUUGGUAAGGUGUACAAAGGGACUCUUGAAGACAAUACUCCGGUUGCAGUGAAGACGUCAAUCGAAGUAAAUGAAGCUCGAAAGGAUGAUUUCACAAAUGAAGUGAUCAUCCAAUCGCAAAUGAUGCAUAAUAACAUUAUCAAGCUUUUGGGUUGUUGCUUGGAAGUGGAUGUUCCAAUGUUGGUGUAUGAGUUUGCCGCUAAGGGGAAUCUGCAAGACAUUCUCCAUGGUGAUGCCAACAUCCCUCUCCCGUUGGGCUUACGCCUAGACAUCGCAAUUGAAUCAGCUGAAGGUCUAAGGUACAUGCACUCAUCAACAAGUCGUACCAUACGACAUGGUGAUGUCAAGCCGGCCAACAUACUUUUAACAGAUAAGUUUAUCCCCAAGAUCUCAGAUUUUGGAACAUCUAAGCUUCUUAAUGUAGACAAAGAUUUCACCAUGUUUGUUGUAGGAAGUAUGGGCUACAUAGAUCCAGUAUUCCAUAAGACCGGCCAUUUAACACAAAAGAGUGAUGUAUACAGUUUUGGAGUUGUACUGCUAGAGCUCAUAUGUAGAAAGCCAACAAUAUAUGGUGAAAAUUGUAGCCUCAUCAUUGAGUUCCAAAAUGCCUAUGAUCAAGAGAACAGUGGGAGGAUAAUGUUCGACAAGGAGAUUGCAAAUGAAGAAGAUAUCCUAAUCCUAGAAGAAAUUGGCAGGUUGGCAAUGGAGUGUUUGAAAGAAAAGGUUGAAGAGCGACCUGAUAUGAAGGAGGUAGCAGAACGAUUUGUUAUGCUGAGAAGAUCAAGGAAGUGUGGAUAGGGAAAUUAUAGUGUAAGUCCUCAACACUGUGAGUAGAUUACUAUCGAGGGAACUCCUAAGCACUUUGGUGCCAGCAUCAGUGCAAGAAGCAGUGCGAUGCUUUCUGCACCAGCCACUCCACUUAACUAGAAGGUGGACAAUAGGAAGAUAGGAGCUACAAACAAAAAUAUGUAUUUUGUGGUAGGCAUGAUAUAAUCAAUGUUAUCAAUCGGUGUCAUUUCAUUUAAAGUAAAUUGUGUUUUUCAAGUAUGUAUCUCCUAUUUAUGUUUUCUGUAAUUUGAAUCGAUUUUUGUGUAUUGUAGUACAAAACUGUGUAAUCUAUUGUUGUUGUGUGGAACUCAGGUCAUGUUAUAUAUUGUCUAUGGUUGUUUUGAUUGUA